ACGUCUACAUUCCCCAGUGUCCACAGUUGCUUCCCUCGCAAAUGCCACCUUCUCCACUUAACCUUCUCUCGUUCCUUUCUCAAUUCGCUUCUCCUUGUUUUAUUUUGAUAUAACAUGUGUAUUUUUCAGCCACGAGGUCAAAACAGAGAUCGCAUCAUAUUAAACCAUACGUUAUGGGGAGAUAGCUUUGUCCUUAUUUACUCCAUUACCGAUAGAAAAAGCUUUAACUCUAUAAUGAACUUCUACCAGUCGUUAUGUAAUGUUAAACCCAAACCAGUGGUGAUAUUGAUGGCCAAUAAAAGUGACUUAGAGCAUAAGAGAAAGGUCCUAAAAUCAGAAGGAACUCAACUCGCUGAAUUAAUGAAGUGUCCGCUGUACGAGUGUUCAGCGGCUGAUGGUUUCGAAAGUAUCACCCAGGCCUUCCACGACCUUUAUCAUGAAGUGCUAAAAAAGAAGAAAGAACGAAAAUAUUCACUCUCUCCUCGCCCGCUAAGGAGUGCAAUGGGAAAACUGUUCAGACGAAAUAGCACUAAAGCAAAUCUAUUGUCUCCAGACUCUUUAGUUUAGUAUAGACACAGGAAGCCCACGACAAGUCAGAGAUUGGGUACACGAUACUUCCCCCUUGUCCACGAGUCGAGUUCUUCAAGAGGAACGUUAAUCCUUUGAUAACCCGGACUAGUAUGAAUCAUGUUCUUUUAGGUACAAGACAAUCUACGUCAAUUUUCACCAGACCUUCUCGCCUUUCUCGCCUAGCAUGGACACAGGGAGCCCAUGCCCACUCAUAAAUUGAGAAAUCUUUUGAAUUGACAAAACGCUAUUAUUCCGAGCAAAGUACGCUUGAGAGACAUUCCUCGCUAUUCACCUAUAAAUUAUGCGGUUAGGUGAAUAAUUUCCAAUAAAUGUUAAUAUUUUCUAAUAAUUUAUUACUAACUAACUAUUAGACUGGAGC